AUGGCGGAGAUCGUAGUAGAGAUUGUUAAGGACAAGCUGCUCUCGUUUUUUACCAAAGAAGUGAGCUUGUUGCAAGGUGUUGCUGAAGAAGUUGAAGAAAUUGCGCGUGAGUUGGGAAGCAUAUUGUAUUUCAUAAAGGAUGCUGAUAAAAGGGCAGAAACCGAAGGAGACGAAGUCAGGGAUGGUGCUAAAUCAUGGGUGCAAGAACUGCGGGAAGUCUCAUUUGAAGUAGAAGAUGUUGUCACCGAGUACACACAUCACAUGGCACAACAACCAUGUCGUGGCCGUGAUCAAUGGGGUUUUGUUGAAUGGCUGCGAGAAAUUUCUUGUUUUUUACCUCUCUGUUGCUCAAGGCUAAAACAACGCCAUGACUUGGCCUGGCAGAUAGAAAACAUCAAGAAGAGGCUCAUCAAAAUCCAUGACCGAGGCAAAGCGUAUGGCUUUGUAAAUUCCAUUCCACAACCAGGGUCUACAAGUACUGAUAGUCAAAAUGUUGUUACUUCGUAUGACCCUCGAAGAGCUUCUCGAUAUCUUCAAGAAGCUGAUCUUGUGGUUAUUGAAUCUGCUAGAGACGAAUUGGUUGGUGUUUUGCUAGAUGAAUCAUCCCAACGCAUAGUCAUCCCAGUGGUCGGCAUGGGAGGAUUGGGGAAGACAACUCUUGCGCAACAAGUUUAUAAUCAUGUGCAAGGAGGGUUUCAAUGUCAUGCAUGGGUUCAAGUGCCUGAACCAUACAGAAGAGAGGAGAUACUGAGGACAUUGAUAAUGGGGCUUUUUGAGUCGACUAAAGCCUCUGUUCCAACUGAAAUUCAUUCAAUGGAUGAGGGAAAACUCACAAAUAUCAUAAGGGUGUAUUUGAAAGACAAGAAGUAUCUUGUGAUCUUUGAUGAUGUUUGGAAAGAAGACUUUUGGGGCGAUGUUGAACAUGCCUUAAUUGAUAAUAAAGUUAGUGGAAGAGUAAUGAUCACGACGCGAAAAUUGCAAGUGGCAGAGUUUUGCGGAUGUUUGCCUUAUGUCCAUGUCCACAAGAUGCAGCAUUUGCCGACAGAAAAGUCUUGGGAACUCUUUUGUAUGAGAACCUUCAAACCAGAUGGUUACUGUCCUAAGGAAUUAGAGAAGAUUUCUGGUGAAAUUGUUGAAAAAUGCAGAGGUCUGCCUCUUGCAAUUGUAGUUAUUGCAGGUCUUCUGUCAAGAAAAAACAAGACCGUCCAUGAGUGGAGAAGAAUCCAUGACAGCCUCACUUUUGAGUUGGAACAUAAUGUGCAUCUAACAAGCAUAUUAAACAUCUUGUCCCUCAGUUAUAAUGAGCUGCCCUACUACCUUAAAUCCUGCUUUUUGUACUUUGGGAUGUUUCCACGGCACCAUUCGAUAAGAAACGGAAGGCUAAUUCGAGAGUGGAUAGCUGAGGGCUUUGUCAAAGCAGAGGAGGGUAAGACUUUAGAAGACGUUGCACAAGAAUAUCUGAGUGAGCUAAUAAAUAGAUGUUUGGUUGAAGCACCAGAGCUCGAUAUGACUGGAAAACCUAAAAAAUGUUGUGUUCAUGAUCUUUUGCAUGUGAUCAUUCUUAAGAAGACGAAGGAAGUGCGUUUUUGUGGAGUUUUUCCAGAAAGCACCGAGUCAAAAAUUAGAGGAAUCACUCGACGUCUAUCAAUCAUGAUCAAUAGCUCAAAUGAUGAUUUGCAAGAAAUUAAAUUUCCUCAUGUACAUUCUGUUACUGUUUUCUGCACAGACGAGACACUCAACAAUCGCAUGCCCGUAUUUGAGACAAAUUUCAAGUUCUUGAAAGUACUUGAUUUUGAAGACGCGCCAUGUCUCGAUCACCUCCCUGAUGAUAUUGGAAACUUAUUUGACUUGAGAUACUUGAGUGUGCGGGGAACAAAAGUCAAGAGGCUUCCAAAGUCCCUAAAGAAGUUAGAAAACUUGGAAACACUGGAUCUAAGGAAAUCAUUAGUGUAUGAGCUACCGGCUGCUGACACGAUGAAAAAGCUUUGUAAGUUGAGAAAUAUUUAUGCUUUGAAUAUUGAUCACGAGAACAAAAAUAUCUUUAUGUUGGGCAGACGCGGAGUAAAAGUGGUGGAUGGAAUUGGGUUCUUAAAGGCCUUGCAAAAGUUGCUGUUUAUCGAGAUCGACCGGGAAGGAGAUAAAGAUCUGUUCAAAGAAUUAGGUAACUUGACACAAUUGAGGACAUUGGGAAUAUUUGAUGUGAGAAGUGAAGACUGUAGGAGCCUGUGCAGCUCUGUUGAGAAGAUGAAACUACUUGAAUCUCUAAAUGUAGCCUCAGCAGGUGAAAAUGAGGUUGUUGAUUUAGAAUUCAUGUCAUCACCCCGGCGUCUAAACAAGUUACCACAAUGGUUCGCACAACUUCAAACUAGUCUAGUCAAGUUACGGCUUAUUUAUUCCAAGUGGGAAGAUGAUCGCCUGCUACAAGCCGUUGAGAAUAUGCACAAUCUUUUGCAUCUUGAGAUCUACUGUGUUUAUUGA